AUGUUUACUCGUUUUGUAGACACAUGCACGUCUGCUUUACCGCCUUCCUCGACCAGCAAAAGGGAUUACGAACGAACGUUUUGGGUACGUUAUAUUGUGCCUAUCUUUGAAACUUUUUCAAAUCAGACGGGUCUCUUACAAAUGAAUUGGUGUGAAAUCCCAACGCUGCUAUCAAUUGACGAGGAUAAGCUUGUCGACGGAAUGGGCUACGAUCAUUGGGGAUUCGAAAGAGUGGCAUUGGAGGGAUCAUUUGGAUUAUCAAAUGCAUCUAGUGACAAGGUUAUUGACGACGCUACCAAGCAGAUUAGCACGUUAAUCAGCAUGAUGAAGCGAAUCGCAAGCCACCACCUCAAUUCUGACGUGCAAAGCUUUAUCAAUACCAAAGUCUAUGGAAUCCAGAGCGUCAAUUCCACCGUCAUCCUGUCUGAAGUUCGCUUCCUAGUCGACGGCAAGUAUGAAUACAAAGAAAUCCGAUCUGCUCAGGUGCCUACCAUUUAUGGCGAAAGAAAUCGAUGGCCCAAAAUUUUCGAGAUCCUGUGCUAUUUGGAAAUGGAGUUACAGAAGCAAAAGCUGGUGUACGAGAUUAUGGAAAAUAAAGAGCAAGGACUGAUUACAGUGCUUCCAGCAAACUCGCUCAAGAACAAGCUGCCAACGGACAUUGAGUAA